GCUGCUGCUGCUCCUGCAAGUUUCUUGCUGGAGGUUUCUUUUGCAAGCUGUGCAAGGAAAAUAAGCCAAGGAGUCAUGCGGGCUGGCAAAGGCCUGGACACCUCGAUGCCAAGGAGCACUCAGCAAUCUGGGGGAGAACGGAGGAUGAUUUGAGGGACCUGGUCUUCAGGGAGCUCAUCAAAGGAGCAGCAAAGCAGAGUUAUGUCAUGCCCAGACCACCAAAGGGCUCCAUGAGGAUUUAUGGAAGAUGCCCCGUGUCUUGGCGCCUCUGGUGCUCCUUCUGCUGUGGCUGAUGAGGAUCUCUGCCAGCCCCCAUUCCCUGAGGAUUGCUGCCAUCCUGGACGACCCCAUGGAGUGCAGCAGAGGGGAGAGGCUCUCCAUCACCCUGGCCAAGAACCGCAUCAACCGCGCGCCCGAGCGGGCGGGGAAGGCCAAGGUGGAGGUGGACAUCUUCGAGCUGCUGCGGGACAGCGAGUACGAGACAGCAGAAACCAUGUGCCAGAUUCUCCCCAAAGGAGUGGUUGGAGUCCUGGGACCUUCCUCAAGCCCAGCCUCGAGCUCUAUUAUCAGCAAUAUCUGUGGGGAGAAGGAGGUUCCUCACUUCAAAGUGGCACCGGAGGAGUUCCUGAAGCUGCAGCUCCAGCGCUUCACCACCCUCAACCUCCAUCCCAGCAACACCGACAUCAGCGUGGCCGUGGCAGGAAUCCUGAAUUUCUUUAACUGCACCACUGCCUGCCUCAUCUGUGCCAAAGCUGAAUGCCUUUUAAACCUGGAGAAGCUGCUCCGGCAGUUCCUCAUUUCCAAGGACACGCUCUCGGUGCGGAUGCUGGAUGACAGCCGGGAUCCCACCCCUCUCCUGAAGGAGAUCAGGGAUGACAAGACAGCCACAAUCAUUGUCCAUGCCAACGCUUCCAUGUCCCACACCAUCCUGCAGAAGGCAGCUGAGCUGGGGAUGGCAUCUGCCUAUUACACCUAUAUCUUCACUAAUCUGGAGUUUUCCCUCCAGCGCCUGGACAGCCUGUUGGACGACAGAGUCAACAUCCUGGGAUUUUCCAUUUUCAACCAGUCUCAUGCCUUCUUCCAAGAGUUUGUCCAGAGCCUCAACCAGUCCUGGCAGGAGAACUGUGAUCACGCUCCAUUCACUGGGCCAGCACUCUCCUCUGCCCUGCUCUUCGACGCCGUGUACGCCGUGGUGACGGCCGUGCAGGAGCUCAACCGCAGCCAGGAGAUCGGGGUGAAGCCCCUGUCCUGCGGCUCUGCCCAGAUCUGGCAGCACGGCACCAGCCUCAUGAACUACCUGAGAAUGGUAGAAUUGGAAGGUCUCACCGGCCACAUCGAAUUCAACAGCAAAGGCCAACGGUCCAACUACGCCCUGAAAAUCCUGCAGCACACCCGGGCUGGAUUCCGGCAGAUUGGCCACUGGCACGUGUCUGAAGGACUCAGCAUGGACAACAGGAUCUUCUCCUCCAACAUAUCAGACAGUCUGUUCAACACCACGCUCAUUGUCACCACCAUCCUGGAAAACCCUUACUUAAUGCUGAAGUGGAACCACCAGGAGCUGGAAGGCAACGACCGCUACGAGGGCUUCUGCGUGGACAUGCUGAAGGAGCUGGCAGAGAUCCUGCGCUUCAACUACAAGAUCCACCUCGUUGGGGACGGGGUUUACGGUGUCCCCGAGGCCAAUGGCACCUGGACAGGGAUGGUGGGCGAGCUCAUUGCCCGGAAGGCUGACUUGGCUGUGGCGGGGCUGACGAUCACGGCGGAGCGGGAGAAGGUGAUUGAUUUCUCUAAGCCCUUCAUGACUCUGGGAAUUAGCAUUCUCUACAGAGUUCAUAUGGGAGUCAUCAGAGAAAUCCAGGACCAAACAGCCCUGUUCCUCCUCCUCUUCCCCAAUGUCCUGCUCAUCCAGGCUCUCUGGUCACCAGUAUAUUCCCAGAAAACUGGUUCUCACUGGCUGAAAGCGAAGACUUCCAAGAACAACUCAGGAGGGUUGACACCCUACGAGUGGUACAGCCCCCACCCCUGCUCCCAAGGCCGCUGCAAUCUCCUGGUGAACCAGUACUCUCUGGGCAACAGCCUGUGGUUCCCAGUGGGGGGGUUCAUGCAGCAGGGCUCCACCAUCGCCCCCCAGGCACUGUCCACGCGCUGCGUCAGUGGAGUCUGGUGGGCAUUCACCUUGAUCAUCAUCUCCUCCUACACGGCCAACCUGGCCGCCUUCCUCACGGUGCAGCGCAUGGACGUCCCCAUCGAGUCCGUGGAUGACCUGGCUGACCAGACCACCAUCGAGUACGGCACCAUCCACGGCGGCUCCAGCAUGACCUUCUUCCAAAACUCCCGCUACCAGACCUACCAGAGGAUGUGGAACUACAUGUACUCCAAGCAGCCCAGCGUCUUCGUGAAGAGCACGGAGGAGGGGAUCGCGCGCGUGCUGAACUCCAACUACGCCUUCCUGCUGGAGUCCACCAUGAACGAGUAUUACCGUCAGCGCAAUUGCAACCUCACGCAGGUCGGGGGCCUUCUGGACACCAAGGGCUACGGGAUUGGCAUGCCCGUCGGCUCUGUGUUCCGAGACGAGUUCGACCUGGCCAUCCUCCAGCUGCAGGAGAACAACCGCCUGGAAAUCCUCAAGCGCAAGUGGUGGGAAGGAGGGAAGUGCCCCAAAGAGGAGGACCACAGAGCCAAAGGCCUGGGGAUGGAGAAUAUUGGUGGAAUCUUCGUGGUGCUCAUCUGUGGCUUGAUCGUAGCAAUUUUUAUGGCAAUGCUGGAAUUUCUGUGGAGCCUUCGACACUCUGAGCAGUCAGAGGUGUCGGUGUGCCAAGAGAUGGUGACGGAGCUGCGCAACAUCAUCCUGUGCAAGGACAGUUUCCAGCCCCGCCGGCGGCGCGGGGGGCCGGUACGGACUCGCCCCGUUAUCCCGGAGGAGCGCCGAGCCCGCAGCACAACCACGCUCAGCAACGGGAAGCUGUGCAGCGGGGGGGAGCCAGACCCCCUGGCACAAAGACUGGCACAAGAAGCCGCCCUGGUCGCCCGGGGGUGCACCCACAUCAGGGUGUGCCCCGAGUGCCGCCGCUUCCAGGGGCUGCGGGCGCGGCCGGCCGCGGGAUCGCCCGCGCGGAGCGAGGAGAGCCUGGAGUGGGACAAGACCACCAACAGCAGCGAGCCCGAGUAACGCCGGGGACCGGGGGGCGCAGGGGAGGGGGCGAGAGGGUCCUGUUCCAUUUUACAGAACACGGACUUGUACAAUGUCGACUCGUUUUUAAACCACUAGCGGUCACCCGGCUUCCCCGGGGCAAGGCGGACCUUUGGGCCUGGCCGGAGGGUUUCGGUGUCCCGGGGGACACGGGGCUGGCUGAAGCCUGGUGUGGCAGGAGAGAGGUCCUCAGGCUGGUCUCCGGUGGUUGUCUCCGUGCCACCGAAGGAGGAAGGACGUGGUGGUAACUGGUGUAGCAGGUAUUGCCCACCCAGGGUGGAGGCAAGAGCGGUUCUUGGAACUUCUCCGCCACGCCCAGGUCAGGAGAAGGGACACCGGCGCUGUCUCUCCACCAAACAGACUUACCAGGGGGUGUUCUCGACGGGCGGGGGG